AUGAGCGACAGGCAGAGAUCGCCCUCGCCAGAAUUCUCACCCCUUGCAUUCGGCGACGACUUUGCGCCCCUUCCAGAAUACAAGGCUGCCGGAACCACAGAAGUGGACUUUUCGGGCCUCCUGGGUGAGCCUCUCAAGCUGCAUGAGGACCUCAAGUCGGGAUGCGGAGGCCAGCUCUGGCCGGCGGGCAUGGUGCUGGCCAAGCACAUGCUGCGCUACCAUCGAGACAGGCUGCAACAUGCGAGAAUACUCGAGCUCGGCGCUGGAGGGGGAGUUGUUGGACUUACCGUUGCACGAGGUUGUGCCAGCCUCGAACAUCCUCUGUAUCUCACCGACAUGGUAGAGAUGGAAUCGCUGAUGCAACACAACAUUUCGUUGAACGGGCUCGACGAUCGGGUCAGGGCCAGAGUGCUCAAUUGGGGCGAGCCGCUCUCACAAGAAAUCCUCGAUUUCAAGCCCGACAUCAUCCUCGCCGCCGAUUGCGUGUACUUUGAGCCGGCCUUCCCGCUCCUGAUGCAGACAUUGCAAAAUCUCAUGGCCUUGGUCUCCACCGCCACCAUCUUUUUCUGCUUCAAAAAAAGGCGGCGGGCCGACAUGCAGUUUCUCAAGGCGGCCAGGAAAGCCUUCACUAUCACCGAGAUCGAGGACGAGGAUCGCCCCACAUUCAGCAGAGAAGGUCUGUUCCUGUACACGUUUACCCAGAAACAAUGA